AUGCUCAACAAGAAGCUAUCAGAGAAUGAUGUUAGAGCGUUGUUCGCGGGACACGGCGCUAUAGAGGAAUGUACAGUGCUAAGGGACGCACAGGGCCAAAGCAAAGGGUGUGCAUUUGUAACAUUCGUCUCUAAACAAGCUGCAAUUGCUGCUAUUAAGACGCUUCAUCACAGUCAAACCAUGGAAGGUUGUUCGGCACCACUUGUUGUGAAAUUCGCGGAUACGCAAAAAGAAAAAGAACAAAAGAAACUGCAAGCAAUGCAGGCGAGCCUCUGGGGCCUGACGCCUGUGACGCCGACUUAUCAGCUGCCUUCGGAGGCGGCCUUAUCACCGGCAACGCAGCUGCAAUUGUUGCAGCAGUUGCAGGCGGUUGGACUGCAGCAACAGCUUCUACAAGGCCAAGGCUCAACGUUGUUACAAGGUAUUAACUACCCAGAUAUCGCUUUCAAUGGCGCAGGGCUUAGUGGCGGAGCGGUGAGUGGGGUUGGGACAAUUGGUGGAUCGGACCAACUCAGUGGGCUUCUAGCGCCCGUGUCUGUACAGAACUUAGCUGCGCUAGCGGCCAUAACGCAGCCCCCGGUCGUGACGCAAGCGGCGCCUAUGGCCCCCGCUACGGCCCAACAGCCUGCAGCGCCACAACUAUGUCUUCUCGGAAAGACUAACAUCACAGGGUCAACAGCUGAACCUCUAAGCUCUGCGUACGCGGCACAGUUCGGUACUUUCGCUGCGGCGCCCUUGGGGUCUGUGCUUGGUACCGCCGCUGCUGCAGCUGCUGGGAAACAGGUUGAAGGCCCGGAGGGCGGCAACCUGUUCAUCUACCACCUGCCGCAGGAGUUCACGGACACGGACCUCGCGUCCACCUUCCUGCCCUUCGGCCACGUGAUAUCCGCCAAAGUGUUCAUAGACAAACAGACGAACCUCUCGAAGUGUUUCGGUUUCGUCUCGUACGACAACGCCGCGUCGGCGCAGGCCGCGAUACAGGCCAUGAACGGAUUCCAAAUCGGUACAAAGAGACUCAAAGUUCAAUUGAAACGUUCGAAAGAGCUCUCGAGACCGUACUAG